AUGCCCGACCCAGAGUGUCACAUCCGAUUCGACAACAACCCGUACGGGGUAUAUUUUGCCGGGCAAACUCUAGCCGGACAGGUCGAGCUCCGUCUGACGGAGGUGUUGAAUGUUAUAGGUAUAAGCUUGCGACUCGAUGGGAUCACCGAGAUUGAAUGGUCGGAAAUAGUGGAAUCAUCCGCUCAGGCGGGACGCAAGACCACCAGCUACAGUGGCCAACAAACGCUGCUAAACUCCAUCAGCUUCCUGUGCGGAUCCUCAGUAGGGCCCGUACGCGAUCUGGCCAUCGGAACACAUACGUAUCAUUUCUCCUGUGAACUUCCGACCCACCUGCCGACUUCGUUCGAGGGCUACCAUGCGCGCAUACGCUACACGGCCAAGGUGUCGCUGCAUCGGUCGAAAAAUCGUACCGACCAGAUUGGCCAGACCAGCUUCACCGUGCUGCGGCACUUGAACCUAAACGAGCACGGCUCGGUGCUGGUCCUGCCGACGAAGAGCGAACUGACGAAGGUGUUCUGCUGUGGACCCUGCUCCUCGGAACCACUAUACAUAUCGGCCCAGAUUCCUCGCUGCGGCUACAUACCGGGUCAAACGAUUGUGAUGAAGAUAGAUGCCGUCAACCGGAGCCGGACGAGGGUCAACGAGUUCCGGGUGAAGCUAGUGCAGAAGCUGUGCUGCACUAGCCAACAUCCGGCGGUGGAAACGCGCACCGACUCGCUGGUGGUCGCCGAGUCGCGCUGCUCUGGCGUUACCUCGGGCGAGGUGGUCAAACACCAGCAGAAUCUUCUCAUUCCCGCCGUGCCCCCCACCUACACCGAUAGUUCCCAUAUCUUUAGCAUCAACUACGAGCUGGAGGUGGAGGCACGUGUCACCGGACCGAACAUUAGUCCCAGACUGGCGAUGCCCAUUACGAUCGGGACGAUCGCGCUGGAGACUUCGGUGCCGAGGGAUAAGCUGAAGCCACUUGCCAAACCACCGUGGGAUCCGUUCAGUUCGCAACACUACACCGAUAUAAUCGGCACACGGAUACCCGUCGGUAAUGCCGCUCGACGAUCGCAUGGCGGACUGGACGAGCCAUCGAACGGGUCGGGCAAUGUGCGGCUCCACUACAUCGUGCAUCGCACCAGUGGCGGGUCCGUCGACGGUUUGCCGGACGAGAACUGA